CGUCAAUCAAUCAGCAGUCGAGCGAGAUGGUGUCGGAAAUGGCGCCGUUUUCCGGUGCCGAGGAUUUUGUUGUCGGCCUCAUCGGCAUGGGCGACAUGGGAAAGAUGUAUGCCCGCCGGUUGAGCAGUGCCGGUUGGAGGAUUAUGGCCUGCGACCGAGAGGAAAAGUACGAGGAGCUGGUCAAGGAGUUUGGCAACCAUAAGAAUGUACAAAUUCUCCGCAACGGUCACCUGGUGUCUCGCGCCAGCAACUACAUUAUCUACAGUGUUGAGGCGGCGGCCAUUGGACGUGUCGUUGCCCAAUACGGUCCUUCAACGCGUCUCGGUGCCAUUGUCGGCGGCCAGACCUCGUGCAAAGAUCCAGAGAUCAAGGCAUUCGAGGAGCACUUGCCCAGCGAUGUCGACAUAGUCUCCUGCCACUCCCUCCACGGACCCAAUAUCGACCCGCGGGGCCAACCCCUCGUGUUGAUCAAGCACCGCGCCUCGGACGCCUCCUUUACCAAGGUCGAGGCCGUUCUCCGCUGCCUCGGCUCCAAGCACGUCUACUUGACGGCCAAAGAACACGACCGCAUCACGGCCGACACGCAAGCCGUCACCCACGCCGCCUUCCUCUCCAUGGGCAAAGCCUGGCACGCCAACCAGCAGUUCCCCUGGGAAGGCACGCGUUACGUCGGCGGCAUCGAAAACGUCAAGAUCAACCUAAUGCUGCGCAUCUACGCCCAAAAGUGGCACGUCUACGCCGGGCUCGCCAUCCUCAACCCGGAAGCGCACAAGCAGAUCAACCAGUUCGCCAAGUCCACCACCGAGCUCUUCUACCUCAUGCUCGAGGGCCGCCGCGACGAGCUCCGCGAGCGCGUCUACGCCGCCAAGGAGAAGGUCUUUGGCCGCGAGGACAGCCCCAAGUGGGAGGGCAAGCCGCUGCUGCCCGACGGCGUGGUCGACCGGUUCAGCCUGAACCCCAACGCCAAGGGCAGCACCCCGCCCCUGCCGAAUAACCACCUCUCGCUGCUCGCCAUGGUCGACUGCUGGAGUGCGCUUGGGAUCGUCCCGUAUGACCACAUGAUAUGUUCGACGCCGCUGUUCAGGCUGUGGUUAGGUGUUACCGAGCAUUUGUUUCGCACGCCGGGGUUGCUGGAUGAGUGUUUGAGGGUGGGUAUCGAGGAUAACACCUUCCGGCGGGAUGAUUUGCAGUUUACGAUUGCUGCGUCCGGGUGGGCAGAGUGUGUGGCGCUGAGGCAGUUUGAGACGUGGAGGGAGCGGUUUGCCGUGACGCAGAAGUUCUUUGAGCCGCGGUUUGAGGGGGCGGUCGAGAUUGGGCAGGCCAUGAUUCGGGCGGUGUUGGAGAGUGAUAAGGAGUGAGCGUCGUUAGGGUGUGUGCUGUUUUCAGGGGCAAAGAGGAAUUCCAUCAAGACAGGAGGCGGCGCGGUAGUUCAGCAUGCUACUGAUUCUACGAAUGCAGUCGACACACAGGUGAAACCUGGUGUAUCUGUUAGCAUGGAACUUACUCCUCUCCUAUGUUCUCUUACUUUAUAAGUUGUU